UUCAGAUGGAUUCAAUGCUGUGCCACAGAUGGCUUCGAUGGGACCACCGCCCGUGUUGAGCUCCUCUGGACAGGCGGCGCUUCUCCGGACAGCCGCGGAGACUACUACGACGACCCCCACGAAGAGUACUCCGACUGCCGCUACGAGGGCGACUACGAGGGCGACCACUCGAUGCCCACCGAGGAGGACCAAGAGGAGGAGUCGUGCUCCUAUCAGAGCCAGACCUGUCAGAGCCAGAGCGAGUUCAGCUCGAUAGAGCGCACCGAGUCGGACUCGGAGUGGGAGGAGCUCUCCGACGGCCCUUCCCCCAGGGUUUCCCCGCUGGAGUCCCUCGGCGCAGUCGUGCUCUCCACAAUGCAGCCGGAGCACCGUCAGCGCAUGGUGGCCUUGUACCACCUCGUCUUGAAGACCGCUGUGGUCAAGGUCGUGCUGCUGGUGCUGCAACUGCUGUGCUGCGCGGUGUUCUGGCUGGUCGAGAAGACCGUGGGCUUCAACGAAACCAGGACUCCAAAGAGACCUCUCGAUCAGCAAUUCAAUGUACAAAUGACAGGUUGGCUGUGA